AUGGCAGAAUCUGUGGCAGGAUCGCCAGAAGCGUUCGAGGACAUGUGUGGGGCUGGCUUUGACUAUAAACAGGAUGACCUGAGGGCGUUGGGUAUACCUCAGUGUGGGGCCGGCUGUGACUAUAAACAGUAUGACCUGAGUACGUGGGGUAUACCUAGGUGUGGGGCCGGCUGUGACUAUAAACAGGAUGACCUGAGUGUGGGGCUGGCUGUGACUAUAAACAGGUGUGGGGCCGGCUUUGAUGACCUGAGGGCGUUGGGUGUACCUAGGUGUGGGGCCGGCUGUGGCUAUAAACAGGGUGACCUGAGGGCGUUGGGUAUACCUAGGUGUGGGGCCGGCUGUGACUAUAAACAGGAUGACCUGAGGGCGUUGGGUGUACCUAGGUGUGGGGCCGGCUGUGACUAUAAACAGGAUGACCUGAGUACGUGGGGUAUACCUCAGUGUGGGGCCGGCUGUGACUAUAAACAGCAUGCCCUGAGGGCUUUGGGUAUACCUGUGGGGCAGUGUGGGGCCGGCUGUGGCUAUAAACAGGAUGACCUGAGGGCGUUUGGUAUACCUAGGUGUGGGGCCGGCUGUGACUUAAAAAAGGAUGACCUGAGGGCGUUGGGUAUACCUCAGUGUGGGGCCGGCUGUGACUAUAAACAGGAUGACCUGAGUACGUGGGUCAUACCUCAGUGUGGGGCCGGCUGUGACUUAAAAAAGGAUGACCUGAGGGCGUUGGGUAUAUCUCAGUGUGGGCCCGGCGGUGACUAUAAACAGGAUGACCUGAGUACGUGUGGGGCCGUCUUUGACUAUAAACAUGAUGACCUGAGGGCGUUUGGUAUACCUAGGUAUGGGACUGGCUGUGACUAUAAACAGGAUGACCUGAGUACGUGGGUCAUACCUCUGUGUGGGGCUGGCUGUGACUAUAAACAGGAUGACCUGAGUACGUGGGGUAUACCUCAGUGUAGGGCCGGCUGUGACUAUAAACAGGAUGACCUGAGGGCGUUGGGUGUACCUAGGUGUGGGACUGGCUGUGGCUAUAAACAAGGUAACCUGAGGGCAUUGGGUGUACCUAGGUGUGGGGCCGGCUGUGACUAUAAACAUGAUGACCUGAGGGCAUUGGGUGUACCUAGGUGUGGGGCUGGCUGUGGCUAUAAACAGGGUGACCUGAGGGCGUUGGGUAUACCUAGGUGUGGGGCUGGCUGUGACUAUAAACAGGAUGACCUGAGGGCGUUGGGUGUACCUAGGUGUUCGGCCGGCUGUGACUAUAAACAGGAUGGCCUGAGUACGUGGGGUAUACCUCAGUGUGGGGCCGGCUGUGACUAUAAACAGGAUGACCUGAGUACGUGGGGUAUACCUCAGUGUGGGGCCGGCUGUGACUAUAAACAGGAUGACCUGAGUACGUGGGGUAUACCUCAGUGUGGGGCCGGCUGUGACUAUAAACAGGAUGACCUGAGUACGUGGGGUAUACCUCAGUGUGGGGCCGGCUGUGACUAUAAACAGCAUGCCCUGAGGGCUUUGGGUAUACCUCAGUGUGGGGCCGGCUGUGACUAUACACAGGAUGACCUGAGGGCGUUGGGUAUACCUCAGUGUGGGGCCGGCGGUGACUAUAAACAGGAUGACCUGAGUACGUGGGUCAUACCUCAGUGUGGGGCCGGCUGUGACUUAAAAAAGGAUGACCUGAGGGCGUUGGGUAUAUCUCCGUGUGGGGCCGGCGGUGACUAUAAACAGGAUGACCUGAGUACGUGGGUCAUACCUCAGUGUGGGGCCGGCUGUGACUUAAAAAAGGAUGACCUGAGGGCGUUGGGUAUAUCUCCGUGUGGGGCCGGCUGUGACUAUAAACAGGAUGACCUGAGUACGUGGGGUAUACCUCAGUGUGGGGCCGGCUGUGACUAUAAACAGGAUGACCUGAGUACGUGGGGUAUACCUCAGUGUGGGGCCGGCUGUGACUAUAAACAGGAUGACCUGAGUACGUGGGGUAUACCUCAGUGUGGGGCCGGCUGUGACUAUAAACAGGAUGACCUGAGUACGUGGGGGUAUAAUUCCUCAGUGUGGGGCCGGCUGUGA